AUGAAAGUUGAUAUUCGUGAGGUGUUUGAAACUCAUUCGUCUGAAACCGAUAUGUCUACCUUUAUCAUUCUGUACAUGUUGUGGGAAGCCUGGGUGCUCUGGACGCAGCUUGUUUAUUUGGAGGUCAUUGGUAUUACGGAUGGUCCUUCUCUGCUCCACCAACCAGCACAAGUACCUGCUCUGUCCCAUCCCCGGUGA